AUGAGUGCGAUUAACAUCACCAACGUCGCCGUGCUGGACAAUCCGGCGUCGUUUCUGUCCCCUUUUCAGUUCGAAAUCUCGUACGAAUGCGUGGCAUCUCUUAAAGACGAUUUGGAAUGGAAGCUCAUAUACGUGGGAUCUGCAGAGGAUGAGACUUACGAUCAACUCCUAGAAAGUGUCCUUGUUGGUCCUGUCAAUGUUGGAAAUUAUCGUUUUGUUUUGCAGGCGGACCCACCAGAUCCUUCCAAGAUUCGCGAGGAAGACAUCAUAGGUGUCACGGUGCUUUUAUUGACGUGCUCUUACUUGGGUCAAGAGUUUGUCCGGGUGGGCUAUUACGUGAAUAACGACUAUGAUGAUGAGCAGCUCAGAGAAGAACCUCCCCAGAAAGUCUUGAUCGAUAAAAUUCAGAGAAAUAUACUAUCUGACAAACCAAGAGUCACCAAAUUUCCCAUUAAUUUUCACCCUGAAAAUGAGACUGGAGAAGAAGCUUCUCAACCUAAGCAUCCUGUUGAAGCAGAUGGGUUUGAAGAACAAAAGCAGCCUUCACCAAAUCGUCCUUCAGAUAUUGAAGGCCCUAAAACAUGA